CAUGUCAGUCAGAAACUAUCAACAGGCGCGGUUGGACGUCGUCGUUGUUCUCUCUUAAUUAUUGCUCUGUCUGCCUAUUGACACUGAAUCACCACCCUCUCUGCAUAGAGGAGGAGGAAGAGACAAGGGUUGUCUUCAGAGCGAUCGCCUUUCCACAGUCGUUUGAAUUCUGUAAAUUGACGUAUUCACAACAUGCCGCCGAAAGCACAGCCCGGGGAGGGUAUUGUGGUGGUUCUAGAUGUUGGUCCAGGUGUUCGGGCCAGCACAGAAACAAGCUUCUUCUCACAGGCAAAAAAAUGCCUAACAAAUAUUCUGCAAAGGAAGAUGUUUGCAGAAAAGUGUAAAGAUCAAGUGGGAGUAGUUUUGUUUGGAACAGAUGGUACAGACAAUAAUCUUGCUAGUGGCGACCAGUAUCAACAUAUUACAGUCCUAAGGGAAAUAAUGACCGUGGACUGGGACAUGAUGAAUGAGGUAGAUCAGCUGCCUUUUGGGAAAGCCACAGCAGAUUGGCUGGAUGCCUUGGUAGUGGCAAUGGACCUUAUGCAUGAUCCUGAUGGAAUGCGAUUUAGCAGCAAGAAAAUUGUGUUGAUGACAGACUUCAGUGGAGAGUUCAGUGAUGAUCAAGCAUCCAAGAUUAUUGCUGGCCUCAACAACAGUGGCAUUGAACUGAGUGUCAUAGGACCAGAGAUAGUAGAUGAAGACAACAGUGAUGAUGACAUGGAUGGACCCAAGAGCUCAAAUGGAGCACCAAAGAAUGGUAGCACCGGUAAUCCCGUCAACUGGAAUGGAAAACCAAAGUCUGCCAUUCAAUUAGCAGGUGAAGCCCUGAUUACCAGGAUUGUGUCUGAGGUGGAUGGAAUAAUUUGCAGUUUUGAUGAGGCCAUCCCACAGCUCAUCUUCUUCCAGAAAAAGUCAGCAGGUAGUGCUAACUGGAACACUGUCCUGGAUAUUGGUCCUGACUUCCAGAUAGCUAUUACAGGGAAAAUCAAGGUCAAACAUUCAACUGUCCCAACUUGGAAGAAAAUGCAUGCUCAUGAUGAAACAGCAGCAAUCAUCAGCGAGACCUCUUACCAUCGCCAUGACGAUGCCCAGACGGCUGUUGAUGAAGCAGAGGUCAUAAUGGGUUACAAGUAUGGGACAACAUUGGUUCCCUUUUCAGAUGAAGAUGCUCAGAUGAAGUUCUCAUCAGAUAGUCCACGUGCUCUGAGUGUCUUAGGAUUUACACGCCCAUCCACUGUGCGUCAUAAUCGUCGAGCUGGAGAUCAAGUGCUAGUUGUGACUGCACGGGAAGGAGAUGAGACAGCAGCAGUAGCUUUGUCAUCCCUCAUCCAGGCAUUGGUGGAGUUAGACAUGGUGGCCAUCACAAGAAGGAUUUAUAACAAAAAUUCCAACCCAGUAAUGGGUGUCCUAUUCCCAGAGGUCACAAAGAAAUAUGAGUGCCUUAUCUGGAUCCCACUUCCAUUCCAAGAAGACAUCAGACUGUUUACAUUUCCAAGUUUACAGCGGUUGACUGACAAGUUAACAGAAAAAGAGAAAGAAGCGAUGGAUGACCUUAUAUCUAGCAUGGAUUUGAGUGGCCAUGAUGAUGAUGAGGAAGAUAUGAUGCAAGUCAGUUUUGAAUCGCUAACACUAUAUAAAUUUGACCCAUCGUGCCAUCCACCCUCAUGAUCCACUUCCUCCACCUGCUGAUCAUGUUCUAAACAUCCUGAAGCCUCCUGAGAGUGUGAGUGAAGGUCGGGAUAGAGUAGCACCUGCACUUCAAGCUGCUUUCCCAACCAAGAGAGUUGUCAAGAAGACAAAGGAUAAGGCAGACUUGUUCGCAAGUGACAGUCAUGCUGACAAGAAAAUAAAGUUAGAUGAUGAUGACAAUGUAAGUGCAGGUGACCUGACUCGACCCCUGGUAACUAAAGUGACUUCAACUACUCCGGUUCAGGACUUCAUGGCUCUUCUAAGUGGAGAAGCACCCAACUUCAACCUCAUUUGCAGUCAACUUGGAGAUGUGGUGAUGCAAUUGCUAGAUAGUAUUGGUGGUGGUGGUGCUGCCAGUAUUGCUGUAACCACCAAGAUCAUGGACUGCUUGGAGAACUUCCGUCGUGAGUCAUGUGGCAUAGAUCCUGCAGUAUACAACAAGUUCAUUACCGCUAUGAAGGACACAGUAACAACAAGGUCAUUGAAUGAAUUUUGGAGUCGUGUCAAAGAAGGUAACUAUGGCUUAAUCUCAAGCAAUGAAAAUAUGAGAAGUAGUGUCAGUGCAGAGGAAGCUGAGGCUUUCUGGCAGGUGGAGGUUGAGAUGCAGGCACCACCCCCAAAACCUGAGGCCAGUGAUGAUAUGGAAGAUCUGUUGGAUGACCUGUAAAUGCCUCGUCCUCUUCAGCAAGCUCAUGAAUCAAGCAGAGCAGGUGUCUUCUGUUCCUAAGAAGUUGUAGCCCUCUUUAAUACGAAGAAUUUUGUAUUUUUAUACUAAUUAAUAUGUAUAUGGGAAAAGUAUGUGGAACAAUUAUACCACAAAAUUUCUUUAUCAACUGCAGUAGAGGCAAAAGUCAGUGAAUAUAUAUUGAGUAUUGAAGUGUUACUCUGUCACAUAUCCCUUCAUAUAAUGUUUGGGUUGACUGUAGUAUUUAAUUAAAUUUGUUUUCUGUACUUCUUAACUAGAUGUCUCUGAUAGAGUACAAAAUCUUAUUUUCUUUUUGUUUAUAUUUUUUGGAAACUUCAGUCUGAUUUGGCAGGAAGUUAAAUUGGUGACAUUACAGUUAGAAGUGCAACUUCUAUAAUUUUUCUGAAUUGCAAGGAUAAAGGUUAGCUAAAACAUUUAAGAAAUAUUGCAAGUUAGAAAUGUGAUUCUAUUUAGACUCAUUGAAAAAUAAAAUUCUUGUUGAUUCUU